GAUCUAGGUCAUGAUGACCCAGUUAUUUCCAAACCAAGUGAAGCUGUCUCCAUGGCGAACUGCCCAAAGAAGAGGCUGGGGUCGUGGUCCUCUUCCUCCUCCUCUGCCAACUCUGUACAAUGUGACCCUCAGACUGGAGCCAGUAUUGGAGAAGAAGCACCUGCCAAUCAAGAGAUCUCAACUGUAGGUGGCGUUGGUGAUGCAAGAGUAGUUGAAGUCACCUCAGCUGGCAAUGAGACCAGUACAAACACCAUGCUUCCUUCAGUCAUCAGAUCACUGGAGACGGCUCUAACACAGGAGCUGUGCAGUGAAGACCAGGUGGCUGACAAGGAAAACUCCUCCCAGUACAACCUGAUGUUCAAGUCUCUGUGUUCUCCCCAGUUAGAGCCUGUCUUGUUCUCUGGGGAGUACAGUGUGUUGUCCAACCAUUACCUGUGCCAGGUCGCUUACAAGGGCGAAGAAUUCUCAAGUGUAGAGCACGCCUACCAAGUUUUAAAAGCACGUUUCCAUGGGAAAGAGAAACUCGCAGACCAAAUCCAGCAUGCCAGGCGAGGGAGAGAUGCAGAACGACUUGGUUCUCAGGUGGAGGAGUCAGACCUUUGGAUCAGCAAGAGAUGCCGAGUCAUCAGGAAAUUGUUGCAGUCCAAAAGUGACCUUUGUCCACAGUUUAAUAUGGUUCUGCUGGACACAGGUGACCAUCCACUUUGGCAUUCUGUCACCUGUCCAGGGUGGGGCGUUGGACUGACUGAGGAAGAUUUCCGCCGUGGGAGAUGUCCAAGGGGAGGGAACUUGUUAGGAGUGGCCAUCAUGAAACUGAGGAAAUCUUUGCGGAACACAGAUUCCAGUAAAAUUGUAAAAGAUAAGACGUCACACAAGAAAUCUCACAAAAAACUCAAGUGCAGCAAAUCUCCGAAGUCCUUACUCCGUGUCAGUUCAGCAGAUAAAGACCUUGGCAGUUCUGAGAUGGUGGAGAGGGAUAGUACUGUCAGCGAGAGAAGAAGUCAAGGUCAUCUGAAAAAUGGUCAAGAUGAUGCUGAAGACACUCGAACUGUAUUGUCCGGCCCGUUUAAUGGACAGAGGGUGGACUUUGGUCAGUCUGUUGCUGACGGAGAGAGGGAAAGCAUCUCAGAUGGCACUCGGGAAACAAGUAUGGACAUAUCUGCUGAGAAAGUAGACCAAGAACUUAUAAAUACUAAAAGUUCAAACACAAGCAGGUCCAGUACAGGCAGUUCCAGUGGAAACACAUCAGUGAGUAAUAGCAGUUCCAAUACAGUGGGGACAGACUAUAAUACCAGUGCCAGUAAUGUUAGCAGUUCAAGAGACAACAGUAGUAUUGAGACUCCGUCCUCUAAAACUAUCACCCUGAGAAAGAAGAAAAAGAAGGGAAAAAGAAAGAAAACCGAGAAAAAACACCAUGGACAGGGUGGAUUGCCCCCUGAACCUGAUGUCAGAGAGGUCAGUUAUGGAAGUGACAGUGUCAGAAACACUCAGCUGGCUGCCCAAAUUGACCAGGGGUCAGUGAGAUCUGGCCAUCAAUGCCAAGGACUAAUUGUCCAGAAAAAGUCUUCAGGUUUUGGCCGAGGAAGAGUGUGCUUCAAAAUGAAAACACCGGGAAGAAGGAAUUCUCUCGAACAGCAGAUGCAUCUUCAAAAUUUGCAAGAACAGCAGUUUCAGAUUCGACAAAGAAAUCAAAAGCAGGAAAAAUGGGGUGAAAACCAACAGCAGCCACACUUAACGGUACAUGACUGUGAAAUAGAGCAACCACAGGUACAAUUACAACAGGAGACCUGUGCACAGGUCCCAGGCCAACAUCCACAGGUUAAACAGAAAGAAGGGCAAAGUGGACAACAAAAAGAACAGGAACACCAUAGACCUACUGAAAAUCCUGCCAAGGACUGGAGACAGUGGGGUCCAAAAUGGGGGCCCAGACGUGGGAGAAAACCACUGGCACAGAUCCGAGACGGCACCUUGAUGGAGUCCGGCAGCAUGAAAACCAGCACUCCUAAACCUAAGACCUCCACUGUGCUCAGUCUACACCAGAGAUUGAGAGCUGGGGAAGGUGGACUGGGGUGUCUCAAGAGAGAGAAGAGCCUCCAGACAAGUACACCAUUCAAAGCCAAUAGUGCCCCAAUAACACAACAAAAUGGUGACUUCUUAAAAGAUCAGACUUUGGAAACACUGCCAGUUGAUGUUGUUGCAAAUCCAGGCCAGGAAAACUGCAAUGGAUGUGAAGAGUUUAUGCACUACCAGGAAGGGAAAGCACAUGGUUUACAAGUUAAUAACAAUGCAGAGGUUGAGGACAGGAACCACUCUGUCUCUGACAUCACCCUGUCACGCUGUAACAUUGGAGGUGGUGACAAUGACGGCUACGAUGACAGUUGGCUCAGUAACAAAGACUCCAGCAAUUCUGAUCAGUUUAAUGCGCUUACUGACCACCAGGAGGUGCUAAGUCCAGCCUGGAUACCGGUCAACUCCAGGAUAAGCCCAGCUCUGAAACCUACAGCCCCCAGAAGUGUGAUAUGUGGGUCCUUGGGGGCAGCACCCAACCGUAGUGGCUAUCCUCACAAUAAAUGGACUGUGGUGCCAAAGACAGACAAAGUUGGUGGAAAUUCCAAAAGGAGGGUAGUCCCUGUACAGAAGGCUUACAGCGACACUGCCCUGAUAAGAUCAGACUCUAGUACAGCGUCCAAAAAUGUCUCUUACAUCCAGCCUGUGAAUAAUCAGUCACAUGACCAGUCACAUGAUGGGUUACAUGAUCAAUCACUUGAUCAAUCUUCUGAUCAGCUGAGCACCUCCUCUGUGGACUGGUUUGAGGUGCAGGACGGCCCCUCUCGCCAUAUACGUUUCCAGAACACCUCCAGCAGCUACAGAAGUGUAGAUGGAGCCACUAGUGAUAGCAAACUCAGAUAUGGAAGCUGGGAAGAAUAUAAUGAAAAUAAUGGUGAGACUUCAACGGAAAUAAAAAUGACACAGGGUGAUGGUAAUGACAAUAGUUCGAGUUAUAACAGUUGGGAAGAAUACAAUGACAAGGAUAGUGUUCCAGUGAGGUUAUCAUCAGUGACACCAGAGUGUAUGUACAGAGAACAAGACUGGCGUUGGGGUGGCGGGGGCAGGAUGAGUGACCCUGGUCCCCUCAAACACCAACUGAUGACCAUGAACAACCAAGGCCAGGUCACAUUUGGCAGUGUGGGAGGUGCUCAGACAGCAGCUGAGAACUCUGGUUCCAGGAAAUCCUGGGGGAGAGGACGGGGGGAGGAUGCGUGGAGGAUGCCUGUGGGAGGCUGGACAGCCACAAAAUCAUCGUCCAAUCUGGAAACAGCAAAGACUCAGAGUUUUGGAAGUAGUUCUUCUCUGAACUCAGAGGAGACUGGGGUGUGGAGCAAGGCGUUCUGUAAGAAGUUCAGUAGUGUUGAUAUUCCGUACAUUGACACUCACUGUCAUAUUGACUUCCUGUUUCGAAGGACAGGCUUCAAGGGGACAUUCGCCAAGUACAGGUCUCAGAAUGAGGCUACGUUUCCUGCCAGCUACGAGGGAUGUGUGGCAGUGUUCUGUGAACCACAUUCUUUUAAAGUUCAAGGUGGUCUAUGGCGUGAUAUAGUCCAGGAGGAGGGGGUUUGGGGUGCAUUUGGCUGUCACCCUAAGUGUGCCACUGACUACACCCUGGUGUCUGACCAGGGGCUCCAGGCAUGUCUCCGUCACCCUAAGACAGUAGCCCUGGGGGAGAUAGGACUAGACUACUCUGGGAAGUUUGGUAGUUUGAAGGAAAAGCAGAAGCUUGUGUUUGUGAAGCAGUUACAGAUGGCUAUGGACAGAGGUCUGCCGCUGGUCAUCCACUGUAGGGAGGCCGAGGAUGACUGCUUUGAGAUUAUGAAGACAAUGGUUCCAAAAGACUGGAAGAUUCACCGCCACUGUUUCACCAGAGACUGGCAGGAGGCGUCCCGCUGGGUGGCGUUCUUCCCUAACCUCUUUGUGGGUCUGACGCCACUGGUGACCUACAGUUCGGCAGUGGAGGUCCACCAGGUGGCCCGCUGUCUGCCCUUAGAUCGUCUGCUCCUGGAGACGGACGCUCCGUACUUUGUGCCUCAUGGGGUGCGGAGAGAUGAGAUGCAGUACUCGCACCCUGGUCUGGCUGUCGUCGUUGCAGACGAGGUGGCCAUGUGGAAGGGCGUAACCACGCACGAGGUCCUUAAGGCGUGCCGGGAAAAUACCAGGAAAAUGUACGGGAUUUGAGGUUGGACAGCUCACUUGGAAAAUAAACAAGGGCAAAUUACCAUUGAAAUGCAUGGGAAUUUCAAACAAGCAUUAGCAUAUGUGAAUACUGUAGACUUGCAGAUUGCAGAGAAAAUGGCUCAGAGGAAAAAAUUUAUAGAAUACCUUGGUAUAUUGUAGACUAAGGUACUGAUACUAUGUAUGGGAUGUUACGUCAUGUAACUUGAUCUAGAGGGUAGAGAAAUUCCCUUUGGUUUUACUUGCUGGCUGAUUAUAUAUAUAGAAAAACGGCAUGUGUUAUAGGUGGCCUAGGAAAUAGUAGAAAAUGAAGUUAUUCUUGAAUGAAAUAUACCUAGUCAAAGUAAGAAAUGUGUCAUUUAUUUCCAGCUGUUUUCCAAGUCCUUCCCAAGGUGCUUUGACCUGGAAUAAGAUAAUUUCUGGGUAUCAUAUCUUUGGUAAUUUAUAUAUUGUAAUUUGCAUGCAUUUAAUUUCAGUAUUCUAGUACCGACAUUUUUCUGAUAUUAACUAUUCCGAGUGCCAAUGACUCCUUGCAUGUCAGUUGAUUGUACAGACUCACUUAAUCUGUAUUCACAUGGCAGUAUUCACAUAUCUGUAUUCACAUGGCAGUAUUCAAAUAUUUGUAUUCACAUGGCAGUAUUCACAUAUUUGUAUUCACAUGGCAGUAUUCACAUAUCUGUAUUCACAUGGCAGUAUUCAAAUAUUUGUAUUCACAUGGCAGUAUUCACAUAUUUGUAUUCACAUGGCAGUAUUCACAUUGCAGUAGUCACAUAUGUACUCACAUGUAAGUAUUGUUUAAGUGGACAGAUAUGAGGUGUCCAUUGUACAGCUACCCUCACUACAGUAAUUACAUAUUCUAGAAAAUGAAAAAAAAAAAAUUCUUCUGUUUCUAAUUCAAAGACUACAAAACUCCGUAGAAAUACAGAUAACUGGGUUUUAUUUACUAUCAUUCAUAUAUUACAUAUUAUUUUAGCAUUCUAUAACAAAUGCCAUUGUAAUUGUUUGUUAGUUAUGAAAAUUAAAUAGUGUUAAAUGGU